CUUAAUCUCCUGCUUAACUUCCCAUCUGUCACUGGUCCCCCUGCAGCGGGAGCACAGCUACCCAGUCGUCUGGCCUCCCCCGCGGCGCUAGGCUCCCGGAGCGGGGCCCAGACGGCCGGUUAGGGCGGAGCUGGGCUGGCCGGGAGGGUGCCGCCUGCGGAUCUGCCGCUGGGGAUCGGCGGCUGGGGCCUGGCCGCGGCGGAGGGGCGCGCCUGCCUGGCGCGGAUCAGCCCGCACGUGAACGCCACCUCCAGGCUGGCAAGGGGCCGAGCGGCGGAGCUGCCGGUCUCCGCCCCGCUCCAGCGCCGCCUCAGCCCUUGGCAUAGUAAUCUCAGUUCCUGAUCGCGCAGAGCUGGCUCCUGGCUGCAGCGGACCGCGCGUGUCCCCCCGCCAGCAGCGGUGUGGCCGAGGCAGGGCUGGGAAUUUGCGGGCGACUGGAAGCUCAGCACUGCCGUGCAGACAGCGGCCCAGCGGGGAACAGCCCGCCGGAGCAGGCCAGUUCUUCAGAGGGCUCAUCCCUGUAUCCCUCUGAGUUCCAACUACUUCCUAGUGGAAAGCAUACUUGGAACAGACACUGGAGUGCUGGUGGAGAGAAGUCCCAUGGGGACUGUACCUGACCCUCUAAGAGUGACUAAAGCGUCUAUAGUGGCAGCUUCUGGAAAGGAAGAGCUGCAGAGUGUCUCACCACAACCAUCUCAGGCAGAUAAGAAUGCUAGUGGCAUUGGCAAUGUCCCUGUAGAACUCAGCCACAGGCUCAGUGCAGCUGCUGAGACCCUGAUGCCUGAGUCCAGCCAGGAAGACAUGGCAUCUCCUGAUGUCCUCAAUGAGGUAGAGCAAGCAUGUUCUGCACACAACACUCCUGAUGACUCCCAGCUUCAAGGAAGAAAGGAGUCAGCAGUACCAGGCUGUGAACCUACUUCAGGAAAGGUACUUAUAUCUGCACCAGUUUCAACACCAGCCAUUCAGCACACUGACCAUGCCAUCCCAGGUGACCCACGAAAUUCUAACACCUGCCCAGUACCUGAAGAUUUCUUGGUGAAAUUAAAGGCAAACUCAAACAGUGAGAAACCUGAAGAGUCAAGUUGUCCUACCCGGGUCACAUGUUACAGCAGCAAAAAUCAAAUGCUCUGUGAUAGUCCUUCUCCAGAAAAAGGCCAGGGAAUUGUGCAGGCUCCAGAUACAUCAAUGGGGGCUCACUCAUCCCCGUCUGCAGAUGGACCUGAGGGGGAAGGGCAGAAAGCCAUCAGUAAUAUCACAGUGGGGUCCAGUGAACCUCAAGCAAAAGAAGUAUGCACAGAGAACCAACAGCCCUCUGCUACUACCUUGUACACCGUAAAUGAAAGGUCUGAAAACCCUCUACUAUCCCUCCUCACCAGUAGAGAUGCCACAUGUUCUCCAGAUGCAAAGAAGAUGCUGCUGUCAGCACAACAACCGCUGUCAAGGUUCAAGGAAGCCAGUACAAUGACCUGCCAAACUGAAAGCGAGGCUAAGGAUGACCCUGGCAGAGCUUGUCAAGACGCCGAAGUACAAGCAGUGGCUAGUGUGGAGAGCAGAUCUGUCUCUACCAGUCCCAGUAUUCUCCCUGCAUUCUUAAAGGAAAUCCAGGCUCCUGAGCACGAGAUUGGCCAAGAGCAGUUGCGUGUAAUUUGCUAUAGCAAGGGCAGUGAAGGCCAUUUGUUGGAACUCUCUAACAGCAUGGAAGACCCCCAGGAGUCAAGGCAGUGUCCUGUCAUUGUACCACAGGUGCACAUCCAGGCAGCUGCUGAUGUUCCUGCAGUUUUCAAAGGGGCGUGCAAACUAGGGAACCAAGCAGCUGAAGCCCUUAAAUCUCCACUGAUCCACGCAGCCUGCAAUCAACACCAGAGUACAGAGGGAGAUGGGUGGUCUUCAGCAAGCAGAGAGGCAACCUCCAGACAGCUUACAGGUUCUAAUCCUGGCUCCCAGAAAGCUAGCUCCAUUGACCAGAUUUCCCUCAUGGCAGGAAAUCAAGCUGAGAUAAGUCAUGGGCUGGGGAACUCUGAACCCACGCCACCUGAUUUUAUAGUGAAAACUACAAAUGACCACAAAACAGAGCCAGGCUGCAAACUGCCUGACCCCCAGGGAGGUGCCAACAAAGAGGACCAGCUGGAGAGCUUGGACCCAACUGAUAAAAGAGGUACAAAGGAGGAGAAGCCCGCUUCUCCUCUUAUUGUAAAAGAGCAGGCACCUGCAGCCACCAGCACCCUACAUGCCAAAUCCCUACUGCUAAAUCCUAAAUCCCAAGGAAAUGAAGCUGCAGCAUCAGAGGUCAGUCUGGCCCCCUCUCCAGGGAGGAAGAACCAGCAGAACACCUUGGAAGAACACAGACAGACCAAGACAGUCACGAGCCUGAGCCUGCCGUCCGAUGGCACAGGUGACUCCAGUCCAGGCUCUGGCAAGAGGACCCCUUCUCGCUCAGUCAAGGCCAGCCCGCGCAGAGGAAGCCGGGUCAGCGAGUUCCUGAAGGAGCUCAACGUGACAGCAGCUGUUGCCCAGGUGGGACUCACACCUGGCGAGAAGAAGAAACAAGUUGGUGCAGACUCCAAACUGCAGCUGAAACAAUCCAAGCGAGUCAGGGAUGUGGUGUGGGAUGACCAGGGCAUGACCUGGGAAGUGUAUGGUGCCUCCUUGGACCCAGAGUCACUGGGAAUUGCCAUCCAGAACCAUUUACAAAGACAGAUUAGGGAACAUGAGAAGUUAGUUAAAACACAAAGUGGCCAGACUCGAAGAUCUAUUUCCUCGGAUUCUUCUUCAAAUAAGAAGCUCAAGGGGAGACAGCAGGGUGUUCUGCAGUCCAUGCUGCAAAACUUGCGGCGCCCCAACUGCUGUGUCCGCCCCGCCCCGUCUUCUGUGCUGGACUGAAAGGGAACAGCACUGCCGUAUGAGUUGUGUUUUCCUUGUGACUAUCCAUGUCAAAGCUUAGAAGUCGGAAUUUCUGUUUUGUUUUCAGUUUGUUGUUUUCUGGGAGACCUGGGAGUAAAAGCAACUAUUAAGGUUAAGAAUUAGCUAUUAUGAAGUAUUGGCUCCUCCAUUAAGUAAAAUGCCAGUUCACGUUGAUAGAAAGAACACUAGAGGUGAGGCAAAGCUUGCUGAUGGUCUGCACCCCUAAUUCAGAAAAACGAUUCUCCUCUGAGGUGUUUUCAUACAUUAUUGUUUGCACACAUACACACACGAGCCAUCUGCUGUGUUCACCUCCGUCUAUCAUAGAGAGGUAUUUCCACCAAAACAUCUGCUUUAUGUUAAAACUAGCAAUACCACUAUUAGCAACACAGAAAAUUUCUAGUCUUACUGAAAUGAGGAUGCUAGUCUUACUGAAGUCAGGAUGCUAAUACCACAGAAGCUUAAGUAUUUUAUAAACCUUAAUGUGAAAAACUGAUACAAAUUUGAUCUAUUCCUGCUACAAGUAAGAUGAAAUGAAAGUAUUCAAAAGUGUAUAAAAAGAAUAUCAAUUGGCUAUAGGCAUCUGAAGCUAACCCUUUUUCUGUGAACAAGUUAUUGUUAGAAAAAUUAGCUCCAAGUAUGAAUACUGCCUGCACCAAACAUGAACUGAUGUCCGUACAUUUUCCUGCAUUGAAACCAAAGGGCAUCUCUGUCCUUUUGACCAAAUUAAAGCAGUAUUUUCUUACACUAGAGGCAGUGUCUACGACCAUAGUCAUAAGAUUAAGGAUAACAGUAAAUUUUGUGUUGUAAAUGUGUCUAUGGCAACAGUUUCUGAUUGCUUAAAUGUACAACCUAGAUUCCUUCAGAUUUAUCACUUUAAAGAGACAUACCUCAGAGAUCUUCAUGAAACAAUGGUUUGAGCUCUAGGUGGCCAUGUUCCCUCGCUGGUUUCUACGGAAGGAUAGACAUGGAAAAGGGGAAGAGGUUGGGGCGCUGAGCUGGGGUCAGCAGCAGCUUGCACACUGGGGUAAUGUAGAGAAGGAGCAUGGCAAAGGUUUAGGGAAGGCCUUCCUUCCAGCACUCCUGGUCCAGACAGUGCUAAUCUGAAGGCUGCAGGUAACACUUCAGACUAAGGUAUGGGAGAAAGAGCAGCAGCUAACUGCCUUUGCUGAAAUCACUCCCAACAAGCUAGAAAAGAGGGCCUGCCGUGUGUUUUUUUUUUUUUAGAGACUCAAAUAUCAAUGGUAUAGCCAAAUAUCUAUUUUGAUUUUUUUCAGUUUAUUUCUGUUUUAUAGAUUAUAAACAUAAAAUUAUACCUGAGCUCUAGGACCUGAGCUAUAUUGCAUUUGAUUUCUAUGAGAGCAAUUUAACUGUGUAUGUAGCUGCAUAAGUAGGCCACAGUGACAGCACCCUCUGAGUUGGAGAAUGAUAAUUACAGUGUUAUACUUGGAACUUAUAAUGAAUUUUUUAAUAAGGUAUAUUUUCAGUUUCUUACUAAUUGUCCUCUAUUAAGGAUGCUUUAUAAUAUAAAAAUUACUGUCAAAUUACUGAUCAAAUUGCUAUAUUAAUGAUUAGAGAUUUAGUAUAAAAUUCUCUCUUUUAGUGUAAGUACUCAUUUGUCUCAGACACCCUUGCCGGGACUUUAUUUGUCUCCUACCUUGCACACACUGGAGCCUUCUGUCAUACUUUGGCACCCAUGCUGUGUACACACAAGUAACUCCCUGCAUACACAGGAGCAGCUGUCCUUGGGUCUCUCUCCAGAUGGGGGCCCCUAGAAGUGCUCUAACAGGAUGUUCCUAGAUUCAAAUAGGAGAGAAGAAAGAAUUCUGGUUAGUACUAAGGUUGUGGGUUUAGAGUAAAGAUAGAAUGCAUACAUAGUUGAAUGAAACGGAGGCCUGAGAAUUUUGUCAGCAUCUGUCCCAAAUUCAGUAAUUCAAAACUGUUCAGUUUGGUGUGGUGCCUAUCAAAUCAAAACCUUAAGAAGAAAUAUUUCAUUAAUAAAUUUGUUUUUCUUUGGUACCAGAACUAAAUUCUUCAUUUCUACAAGACUCUAGGAACAUCACAAAAUGAUAUAAAGAGCUUUUUGCUUUGUUCCUUUUGCAUCAUACAGAAUUGAGAAGAAAUGCUUCACCAAAUGGCACUAAGCUGGGAACCUGUUCAGGUGUUUGUAUCAUGGUACCUACUCUUAGCAAAACCCCUAAGUCCGUGACAUAGCAUUCAACCCUAACCUUCAGAACAUCACUGGGACCUCUUGCCUUCUUCAUCCAGGGGGACACACAGUGGCUUUCCUGGCAGACUUUUCAUUACUUUCUGUUCUUGCUUUAUCUGUGUGACAUACAAUGGUUUGAGAGUUAUUUGUGUCUAUCCUUAAUUUCUUUCACGUGUCAUUUAGGCCUUCCUAAUACAUCUUGAAAUAUAGAUAGUAAAUGUUUUAUUAAAGAAAGAAAUAGAAAAUAUUUCUGGCAUCAGUAAUAAAAGAAGUGAGAACUCAGGGUUUUGAAGUACAUUUACCAUUUACAAUGUAAAGAUGUUAUACCACUUACCAAGAAAACACUAGAAUUCUUAUUUAAACUGUCAUUGUUCUAUGACCAGGGGACAAACACCCCAGCUUCCAUUGAAAUUUGUUCAUUGUGAAUAAUUUUAUAAGAACAUCUUUUUGAAUUUGAUUUGCUGACAUGGCCACCUAUGUAACAUAUAAUAAAAUACUGAUCAGUCUUUCAUUUUGAACCAACAGCAUAAGAUAAAUAUUUUGUAGUGUCAAAGUUAGCCAGAAGCCUGUGUGUAUGUAUGUUCAAAAUGAAAUAGUUGUAAAAUGGAUUCAUAUGGUUUUUUACCAUGACAAGUUCUGCUAUGCUGAAUGUAAUUUGAUCUUUGAUGAUUUUUUUGUUCUUCACAGUCAUCCAAUGCGCACUAUUUUGGAUAUCUGUGUUUCCUGUGUUAUAGCUUAGGUAUAAAGCUGAAGUCAGUUGGACUGAAUGUGCAUGUGAAGCCUUCACUUAGAGGUUGGCCUUCGGAACCAAAUCCUGAAUAGGAUCUUGCUGUCUUAAAGCAGAAUGAUAAGAAUAAGGAAAUUGCCAGAUGUUUGGAUCUUAGAGUCUAAGGUUUUGCUGUUCCCAGUUUGUGCUGUUUUGCUUUCUUUGGUGAUACUCCAUCAUUCUGGCGUGGUGUAUAUACUAUACCAAAAACAGAACACAUGUGGAUUUCAACUUUUAAUAGUAGGGGGUGUGUGAAAGUGUGCUUUUAACGUUACUUGUACACUUUUUAUUCAUUGUUACAUUUACUACAGAUACAUGAGAAAUCAGUUUCCUUUUACUUCUACAGUGAAAGUGUUUUUAAAAGACCCCAUUUUAAUGUGAUGUAAUUCACUAAAUCUCUUGUCUACUUUUUCAAAUCAGUAUAAAAAAAUGUAUUAGAAUUACAUUUGUGUAUAGUUCAAUGUGCUUUUAUUGAACACUGGCCACUCAUGGCCUUAUGUAGACUCAGAUUUACUAAUCUACAAUGCUGCCAUGGAGAUGAGGCUGUCAACUCUCUCCUGCUUUGUUCUUAGUGCUAUGUGAAAAAUAAGCUUUUGAAUUCCCCAGUGUGGCGACACAGUGAAUGAGCUUAAGUGAGCUGACAACAUUGUCACUGCCACUGCUUUGUCUACACGGUGAAUCAGAAACCCUGCUUCUGUCCAUGUCAGUACCUACCCUGUCACAUUUAUUCAUGAGCUGAGCAAUUUUUUUUUUUUUUUUUUUUUUUUUUGGUUAGCUGUGUUCCUUGAUGUGUGUGGUCCUAAUGCAGGUCAGCUGCUGCCCCCUGGCAAGUGAAAUGGGCAAAUCUGUGAAUCGCCUGCCAUCCUUGGGACCAUAUCCCCUCCUAACAAAAUUCUGCAAGUGAUUAUAAAAGUCAUCUGCACAGACACAUGGGCUUACGAAUAACCACAUAAUUUUGAACAUUUUUGUUAAAUAGCUUUGUAAAUACUGAAACAGAUUUCUGUGAACUCAGUCUUACUUUUGGAACAGAACGGAUUCUCUUUGGCUACAGAAAUCAAAUAAGUUUGAUUUGCAAUGGCCAAGAAAGUAAAUGAAGAAGUGAGGUGGGAAGUCUCUUCCUCACAGUGAUAUCUGCUAGAGGUCUUUAUUGCUAUAUUUAAUGGUGAACACUCACCAGCUCAGCUACAAACUUGCCACAACCGAAUAACCUCUCUCAAAGGAAAUCCAGUCCAUCUGUAAAUGUGUGUAUAAACAAACAACAGACAAUCCUGAGAACACCUUGGCUGUUGGAAAAAUAAACGUGAUGAUAAUUAUAUAGGACAUCCAAAUAACAGCAGAUUCAGUGAGAUGAGUUGCGGGGGACAGAAUGGUGCAACAAGAUGUUAUUAAUAUAUUUUUUUUCUAAGACUCAGAUAUCUCAGAAACCAAUUUGAGAAUAAAGACUGUUGACCAUGAAUCUAAAGACAAGCAAUACAGUGCCAAAAAGAGGCAGUUAGACCAGCAAGUGCAUCAGCUGUGCUCAUACAUUAUGUAAUUAUCGUUUGCUCCGUGAAGAUCGACUAGCUCAGAGGACACAUGGAGGCACAAGUUCUGCUUUCAGAUGAAAGACAAGUUAGAUUCCUCACAGAGAGAAGCAGUGACUAUGAGCAGAGAUUGGCUGGCAUCGUGUCGCAUGCCAGCCACACAGAAGAGGAGCCACUGAAAGUCUUGCUCACUUCACACAGAAAUCAGCUUCAACCAGAAACUGUGUUCAAAAAAAUAAAGACCCAAUGUAUAGGAAUUUCUCUUCCUAGACACCAGCAUGACAGAUGGAAUUCACUUUACUCAGCCCAGUGGACUGCCACACUUAGCAAUGAAAAGCAGGCUCCCAAAUGAAAAACGACUAAAACAUGAGCCCUUCUAGCAAAAGAAGCCUCAAAUAACGCCUUACAGAGAAUUUUCUAGAUGAUUUAUGAAUACUAAUUACUCAUCAAGUGUCUUUCUGAGUUCAAGUUCAAAGUUAAUUAGCUGCAAAGCAUUAGGAAUUAAGUCACAUAUUUUACACUUCAGGAAAAGACGCUGAUGAUCAACCAACAAAACGAUAAUUAUGAUGAGAUGUUCUCAUGAUUUAUAAGUGCUAGGAAGAAUUAAAUGGGAGAGUAAGUUUAACCUCUAGAUCCCUUCAAUGUGGGAAUGUUGUCAGGGUUUUUCUCUCCCUUGGGAGAAAAUUAUAGUUUGGUUUUGGUUUGGGGAUUUGUAGAUUUUUUUUUACACUGCUGCUAGAAUUAACUUUUAUUUUAAAAAUUAACCUGUUUGUUCUUUAGAGAAACUUAUAAGUAGUUAAACAGCUUCUGGUUCCAGUGACUUUCAAUUAUGCUGUGUGAAGGUGAUGUGGAGUGAGCUGCAUUGGAAGAGCAGAAGGAGCUUGUCUUUGUCCAAAGGCAUUCCUAAUGAUUUUAGUGUAGAUUCACUAGCGUUCAUUUCAGGCCACAUCUGGGAGUAAGUCACUUUCUGUCAUGUCUUAAAUGAUACAGACACGUUGGAAAAUGGCAGUAUGCUAGUCCUGCACUUCUGUCCUUAAAAAGAGGAAAGACUAAUAAUGCUUGCUGUAAGGGGAUACCUCCUAUUAGAGAUGAGAAAAGUCAACCUGGCCUGAAAACUCAAGAAAACCUCUUAAGGAGCAAUUACUAAAUCUCUAUAUUUAUUUACCUCUGCUGUACUAAUGUGUGGAAAAAUAUGUUGUGCAUAAUACUGUAGCUGGUUGUGGUGUGUCCAUAGAUUAUAUAAGCGCGCUCAGUCUGUGAGUGAUUGCUUUGCCACUUUUAUGUGUUGUUUAAAAAAAAUAGCAUGCUAUAGCUCAUUUAAAGGCUGUUUCCUAUCAACAAGUAGGUUUAUGCAGGAAAGUUAAUAAAAUCAACAAAAUGUGUGCGUGUGUGUGUGUGUGUGUGUAUGUGUGUGUGUGUUCAGUGACAGAACUGAUCCUUUUGGAAGAAGGUGAAGAAGGACUUCACUUGGUUUCUUUAGCAUCCAGAAGAGAAGCCAGGAUAAUUCCCGCAAAGGCUGAGUGCAGUGCUCAGUACACUGGCAUGUUACUAAGUAUGCCAGAGCUAAUUUCACAUGUCAUUAGUCACAAGUAAGGUCAGUUCUUUGACCACUGGGUGGACUUACAUUUCUCACACAUCCUCUGUGUUAACUGUGUGACAGUAUGUACAUACCGUGGGUGUGAUUGUGUACAUACCUUGUAUGACUUAUCUAAAUUCUCUGAGCAGUAGAAGGAAAGUGGAAUGAAGAAAUAACUAUUCAAAAGCUUCAAAAUAACUGAUCAAUAUGUAUUUUCAUUUUCUACACAUAAAAAUAUAUAUAUAUAGCCAAAUGUAAAUAGCAUAUCCAAAUAGAUGUGCAUACAAAAUUCGUUUUAUUUAUACUAUUAUAUUUAAAUCAUUAACAAAACAACUAAUUAUUAGCUACAUCUUUCCAUUUACUUUUCCUAUUUUGUAUCUAUUGUUAUUGAACUUAAUGCUCCUAUUAAGCGAUAUUACACGCAAAUGGCAGCUUUUAAUGUGUAAGAAAGCCCAGCCCAGUUAGUAUCUCACUGAGUCUGGUAGCUGAACAGCUUCAGUGUAUUAAUGCUAUUUUCUAAGUACAGAACCAUAUUUUGGAAAUGACACAUACUGAGGAAAACCACUUAUAUUUUGAAAGCUGAAUUUGGACCUUUACCAAUAUUUAUUUGCACAGCCUGACAGAAAGCUUACAUUUCUGUUGAACUUAUGCCUGGAUUUCUUUAGUGUGUAUAAUCACCCAAGAUAGACACAAUCACAUGCUUUUCUCCUGAGAUUAGUAAAACAAUGUGUACCCACACCAAAGAGAAAUAACAGAUCAAAGUGAAAACAAGUUAUAAUGAAAUAGUACAACAAGACAAUUGGGCAUUCCUGCAGAAAGACUCACAUACUCUGCAGAAUAAUACCAGGGCCAGUGCCAUGCUCCAGUUAGUGGAAAUGGUGAACAAAAAUAGCUGGUUUAUCAUGGUUCUUCAGAGAAUUAAUCAAAUUCCCCCAUUUUGUCUCUAAGAAAAUCUCUUGUUGAAUAAAGAUCUGAGACUGCCAUUCUUAAAAGUUAAUACAAUUUGACCCUCGUUCCAUGACACUAAAAAUUAUGUUAGCUAGUUGCUGGGCUGACAAUGCGAAUGAAAAUACCAGAAUUACCCCUUGAUAGAGAAUUCCACUAGGAAAUUACAAACACAACCACUUUUCACUAAAGGUUAGGAAUAAUAUUUGAAUACACACUCAUGGGUUAGGAAAUGAAUGUGUCAUCUUCACACCUUAGAAAUGGGUAAAGGCCAUUGUGCAGACACUACAUGAUGAUGGUAGGUGGCCAGUUUACCAAUGAGAAGAAUAGAAUUCCUGAAAUCUUGAUGUUCACCAUAUACUCUUGCAUAAAAGAAAUGUAUGUGCUUUGGAAAAUGCAGAUUAAUUUAAAGAUCACCAAAGAACUGCCAGUGUGACAAUCAUUUGUGUACAUUCACUGAAAAUGGUCAAAAUGAGCUACAAUAUUUAAUCAGUGGGAAAUGGUAAUCUUCAAAAUGCAGAGUAUGAGAAUUAUGGCAUCAUGUCUUUCUACAAAGAUCAUAAAAUAGCUUCUUUAAGAAAGUUCCCAUCUCUUGGACACUGUUAAAUAAACCUUUUCUCCCAGAUAGAGGUAGAAGGUCAUGGUUAUAUAAAGAUGAUUUCACAAGCAGGCUCCAACCUUCAUUUCACAUUUGUUUAUUUUUAAUGGAUGAUUAAAAUACUGAGGUUCAAUUACUUAGCUACUUUUGUCCUCAAAAUUUUUGAAAUAUGGUUUUUUUUUGCAUCUCACUUCCCAUAAUAAAUAUAAUAUGAAAUAAAA